AUGCUCUCCCUGCUCUCCCUGCUCAUCGCUUCUGGUACGGUACUACGACCGGAUACGGAACUUUGGACUCCAAUUACGUAUCCCGAUCCUCGAGUCAACGCGACACUUUGCAACUCAAAAGAUAAUUCAACGGUUUGCGACCCGGACCAUCUUCUAUCGGACCAAUGGCGGGCAACUAUUGACGAGACAGUGCGGACCCAGGUGGAAAGGCUUCAUAACACGAGCAUCCAAUACGUCGACGACGCCCCUGAGGAGUGCAUGAACGAGACCGAGUCCUUCCAAAUGUACGUCCUGCUCGCUAGACGCAUAAAUGCUACCGUAAAUUCUACCGUCACGUCCGACGAAUUGAAAACUUUCGGCGACGGAUUGGUCGAACAAAUGGGGCUGAACAAUCAGACGUGUAAGAAUUUCCUAGUGUUGAUUGUCGUGGAAACAGCUCAUUCGGCAUACGCGAGGACGGGACGGCACAUUCGAAUGCCGGCCGACCUGAUGGAACAGGCGUUUAACAGCUCGACCAAUCCCUUUACCGAGAAGAAUUAUAUGGAGGUGCUGAAUCAAAUUGUUGAGAAAAUUGGCGAUUCUCUGAUGAAGAUUUUUGAACCUUCGACCGAGCCGCCGACUGAAGCGCCGGUGCCGCAAACAUCAGAAACGCUGUCAGAAUCAACCGAAGACACGACAACAUCAUCAGAAAAGCCCGGAUUUAUCGUGCUGGAGAAUGGGAACAAAAGUGUAAUGGUGCUAAUGUUGUGCUUGACGGUCAUUCUAAUUAUCGCCAUCACGACAAUAUCAUACAAACAGAUCCGGGAUUUGGAGUCGAAUGAUAAACCGAUCAGCUCACAUUUUCGUGAAUUCACAAACGCUUACAACAGCAGUUCAAGCCAGGAGACUGUCAUCCGGGAUACGGUCACUAUUCCACAAAUGCUAGACGCUGACCUGGAGGGUCCAUCAGCCUAUCAGCACGAUUUUUGCCGAUCGCCGCCACUCACCGCGGUGAAACUCUCGACGGAUGCGGGGCUCCCAAAAACCGAAUCGCCGUCCGAGAUCAGGAAGACUUUG